CACCUUUCUCUCACACUUUCUCUCUCCUCACUUUCCCUUUCUUAAAAAUUUCUCUAACACAACACAAACAGACUAGACUCACUACACACUCAUCAACACUUAAAAAGCAAACAAAACGCAGCAGACAAACAACAUCUACUGAUAGAGAGAGAAAAUUCAAACACACAUUCCUUUCUCUCCUUUUUCAAUAAAAACAAUCUCCUUUUCCUUUUUCUUUUUAAAUUUUAUUUAUUAAAGACUCACUUUUCUCAAGCUUUUUGGUCAUCUUCAGCUUCUUCUUCUUCAUCCAUGGACACUGCUCAAUGGCCUCAGGAAAUAAUAGUAAAACCAAUGGAAGAAAUGAUCCCAAAUACAUGUUCAUCAUCAAUAAUCACAACCCCAACUCAAAACAAUAACAACAACAACAACAAUUCAAAACCAAGUUCAACAUCUUUAGAAAGAAAAGUGAGACCACAAAAAGAUCAAGCUGUAAACUGUCCAAGGUGCAAUUCAACCAACACAAAAUUCUGCUACUACAACAAUUACAGCCUCACUCAACCAAGGUACUUUUGCAAGACUUGUAGAAGAUACUGGACUGAAGGUGGUUCUUUAAGAAACAUCCCUGUUGGUGGUGGUUCUAGAAAGAACAAGAGAUCUUCUUCUUCUUCACCAUCUUCGUUGUCAUCUCCUGCUUCGAAAAAGAUCUCUUCUCAUGAUUUGGUUGCUUCAAUCGGUCUACACCAACACCAAGAACAUCAACAUCAACAACAACAGCAUCAUCUUUUUGCUCAAAACCCUAAGAUCCACCACCCUCAUCUUCAUCAUCAAGGGCAGGAUUUGAAUUUAGGGUACCCUCCAACUCAGCAAGAAUUCAGAAGUUUGUCUGAGUUCAUGCAAUUGCCUAGUAUUGAAACCACCCCUAAAUCCCAAAUGAUCCCUAAUCCUACUGGUAGUAAUAAUCCUAGUAGUAAUGAUGAUGAAAACAAUAAUAAUGGUGCAGCUAAUCAUCAUAUGUCUGCUUUGGAGUUGUUAAAUGGGCUUACGUCAUCUAGGGGACUAACCCCCUUUAUGCCGAUGCCGUUAUCGGUGGAUCAUGGCGGUGUUGGUGGUGGUGGUGUUUAUUCGUCUGGGUUUCCGCUACAAGAUUACAAACCAAGCUUGAAUUUUUCAUUAGUUGAUGUUGGAAAUGGGUAUGGGAGUUUGCAAGGGGAAAUGCACCACCAUCAUCAACAACAACAACAAGAACAACAAGAACAAGAACAAGGAGCUGAUCAUCAUCAUCAUCAACAGCAACAACAGCAACAACAACAACAAGCAUCAAAUGGGAGGCUAUUGUUUCCAUUUGAAGAUUUGAAGCAAGUGUCAAGCACUAAUAGUGGUGAUCAUAACAAUAAUAAUAAUAAUAAUAGUGAUGAUAAUAAUCAUCAAGAACAAAAUGGUGAACAAGAGGAUGAUACACCACCUGGGUAUUGGAGUGGCAUGUUGGGUAAUGGAGGAUCUUGGUAGCUAAAUCUCAAGAUUUGCACAAAGUUAUGGAGAGUAAUUAAUAUGGGGUUUUAUUAUUUUCUUAAUUUUCUUGUUUUUAAUCUUUUGAUUCUCAUCUCCUUUGUUCCUUUUAGAUUUCUUUAUGGUGGGUUGAUGACUUGUUUUUUUUUAAAAAAAAACCUAACAGAUAAUAGGGAUACAAAUAUGGGUUCUUGGUUCCUCUUAAUUCUGAUCAAAUUGUGGGAUGUUGAUGAUUCAUUAUGAGGAAAAUUAGUUUUUUUUUUUUGAAAAAAAAGAAAAAGGAAAAGGAAAAGCCUAUAAUUUUUGAGGGGCUUGCCCAUAUUUCAUGCUAAAAACUAAGGUUAAUUAGAUUAGCUUUUGGUGUUUGUCUUGUAUUGGAAGAGGAAUUUUCCCAGAUGAGCCAUGAGUUUGCAUCAGUGUCUUAGUGUCAUUGGUUGGCUUUCUAUAUUUGGAGGAAAUAUGUUUAAUGAUCCAAUGUAUUUAUUUAUAUCAUAUGAUAUGCUAGUUUUUGUACCAA